UUACUGCACAGACUUAUGGGAUUGAGCAAUUGAGCAAUGAGCAUGGGACGCGGACCCCGCUAGCAGGAGGUGGACGAUCUGUGAAAUACUGUUGACCGAAGCAAAGAAACGCCUGAUAUAUAACGUUAAAAUACAAGAGGAACUUGCAGGCUGAGCCAUGAGGAGCUGUCUGCUGCUGCUCCCUGCCCUACUGCUGCUGCUGACCCUGCCUGACACCAGGGGGCGAUACAAUGACGACUUUGAUGAUGGCGAAGACCUAGCUGAGUUUGAUGAUAAUGACUUUGCUGAGUUUGAGGAUGUUAAUGAGGACCCAACAGUGGAGGUGGAAAGUGAGCCUCCUCCAAAGCCAGCGCCGUCGUCCAUACCUGUAGAAGACGAUGAGGAUGAAGCCACGGUGGAGAUUGAGGAUGGGCAAGAUGAAUUUGAGGAUGCAGAUGCACAGGACCAGGACAUGUACAGCAAGUAUGACAAAGACGAGUUUGAGGGUUACGAGAAGACCAACUCGCCCUUCAAGGACACCCUCAUCUAUCAAGAUGUCCCAGCACAUCUCCAGAAUAGCUGGGAGAGCUACUACAUGGAGAUCCUGAUGGUUACAGGCCUUCUGGCCUACAUCAUGAAUUACAUCAUUGGCAAAAAUAAAAACAGCAGACUGGCUCAGGCUUGGUUCAACUCCCAUAGGGAGCUGUUGGAGAGCAACUUCGCUCUUGUUGGUGAUGAUGGCACAAGUAAGGAGGCCACCAGCACAGGCAAGCUGAACCAGGAGAAUGAACACAUCUAUAAUCUGUGGUGCUCAGGACGUGUCUGCUGUGAAGGAAUGCUCAUUCAGCUCAAGUUUCUGAAAAGGCAGGACCUACUGAAUGUGCUGGCCAGGAUGAUGAGGCCAACCUGUGAUCAAGUGCAAAUCAAAGUGACUCUGAACGAUGAGGACAUGGACACGUUUGUUUUUGCUGUGGGCAGCCGUAAGGCCAUGAGCAGGCUGCAGAAGGAGAUGCAGGACCUGAGUGAGUUCUGCGGGGACAAGCCCAAGUCGGGGGCGAAGUACAGCCUCCCUGACUCUCUGUCCAUCCUGUCAGAGAUGGCUGAGGUCUCGGAUGGAGUGAUGGACAGCAAGAUGGUACAUUACAUCACCAACCAUGCCGACAAGAUAGAGUCCAUCCAUUUCUCGGACCAAUUUUCUGGUCCAAAAGUUAUGCAAGAGGAGGGCCAGCCUUUAAAGCUCCCUGAGACCAAGAAAACGCUGCUGUUUACAUUUAAUGUGCCUGGGAUGGGUAACACAUCUCCCAAAGACAUGGACAGCCUGGUUCCCCUGAUGAACAUGGUGAUCUACAGCAUCGACAAAGUCAAGAAGCUGCGCCUCAACAGAGAGGGGAAGCUGAAAGCGGAUCGUAACCGUGCCCGUGUGGAAGAGAACUUCCUGAAGCAGACUCAUGCUCAAAGGCAGGAGGCAGCGCAGACGCGCCGAGAGGAGAAAAAGAGAGCGGAGAAAGAAAGGAUCAUGAAUGAGGAGGACCCUGAGAGACAGCGCCGCCUAGAGGAAGCUGCUCAGCGUCGAGAGCAGAAGAAACUGGAAAAGAAGCAGAUGAAGAUGAAGCAAAUUAAAGUGAAAGCCAUGUAAAAACAAAUCGCACACCCCACUUCCACAGCUCCUGGCAUCUGAGAGAAUGUACCCACUACUUCCAUUGCUCCUGCCUGUAGACUCUCAGCUUCUUAUAAGAAUGUGCAUCGUUUGGGUCGCUGCUGCUUUAGCCACAGAAACGUUGUCCAGUCGGAAUAACAAAAUUAGUUUUUAAUUAACAUUUGUGAAAAAAUUGUAAAGGUGACCUAGAAAAACUGCAUAUAAGCAGUUUGAAAAACCGCACUGUUGUGCAGUACUUUGCUUGGUGACUGCCAGUCAAGGAUCAGUACUCCAUAGUCCUGCCCUACUCCUGCUUAUUCCUCUUGACAUUUGUCCUUUCUUUAUUAAAGAUAUCAAUAAUUCAGAAGAAAUAUGGAGACAAAUUUAUGCUAUUGAAUUUCAAAUUUGUGUAUGUAUGAAAAUAUUUUGUCAGAUUUGCAGAAAUCUUUUAGGCCGAGUAUAAUUCUGUUGGCAAAAAAGCUACAUAAUCUUCUCCAGCCCAGUGCGCUCCUGUGGGUCAGUACUGGCCAAAUCCAUGAUCCAUGGUUUCAUGCAGCACAAUCAACAAAUUCUUAUCCAGCACUCUUUACACUACGUGGCUGCGGUGUUCUUCCAGCAUGCUUGUGCAAUACAGCAUUUCUCUAGAAAUUUCCAUUGAUAUUAAUUCAACUAGAUGAGUUAAAGGAGCACUCCAGCAUUUUUAAAGUGUGCGUGUGCGUAUAUAUUGUACAGUCAGUUACCAUGAACAAUUGACACAUUUCCUUGUUCUGAAGCCAAAACCACACAGACUCAAAGCUCAUUUAUUGUAGACAUCACUGGGUAGUUGUAGAAUUCUGUGUAUAAUGCUUGAUAUAUGUGUCCGUUUGCUGUGAGUUCUUAACUACAGCAUGUUAUGGGUCUUGGGAUGAGGUAGAAAUUAAAGAAUUGUUUUGUCUUGCAUUGUUUUAUCUGACUUUCCCCAAAUUUUUCUGGUAACUAUGACAAUCAAGUAGAGCCAGUGAAAACUCAGUCCACAACCCUACACUAGUAACAAAUACGUCUGGAAAACUAGUUCCAUCUCUGGAGAAAAAAAUCCAGUUCUUCAGAUUGAUAAUUUACAUUAAAGAUGCAAAAAAAUAUAUUGUUUUGAUUCACCGACACAAGCUAACAAGCAGAUGCUGAAUUGUCAUGUCAGUUUUGACUCAGCUGUUUUUGUUGUUUCCAGAGUUCAGAGAAAUAAAUUGUGCUCCAUGGUUAUUGACUGUAUAACAGAUGUCAGAUGGAGACUAGGUUGGAAAAAUGCUGAAGUAUUCCUGUAAAGCAGGGGUCACCAUCCUUCCUCCUGGAGAUCUACUUUCCUGCAGAGCUUUGUUCCAACCUGCAUCUCCUGGACUGAUUCUCAGGGUCCCUCCAGAACAUCAUUUUUGCUCCAACUCAUAUACCAUAAGGGUAAAGUAAAAAUGUGGACCUUCUGGGGGGUCCCUAAGGACCACUGCUUUAAACCACUUCAACUGUGCAGGGGAAAGAGAUGUGUGGCCCUUUCAUAUCAGAGGCUGAUGUUUCUUCAGUCUGUGCUGUUCUCAUUCUCCUACUCUUGUCUCAGAGCUGUAGCAUUUGCUGCUUUUAAUAGCUGUUUUGAGGGGCUUUUAAACAGGAGCUGGGUGGGCAAGGAAGCACAUGCUGUGUUUUUAUAAAAAUGCUUCCCUCUCCUUUUUUUGCAAGUCCUCUUUUAUACACAUACUUUUUUUUUUUAAAUUAAACUAAUAAAGACUCAGCAUGUCUGCUUGUCAUUAUUGAGCCAAUGCAAUCUGUAUAUGUAUUUAAUACAAGUAACAGUUUCAUUUUAUCUUUUAAGUGUGCGGUUAAUCUCGGCAUUGCAUGGAUGUGUUCACUCUGGCGCUUAUGAGAGAUUCUUCACUUCAACCUUUUUUCUGUAAUAUUUUGUCUUUUUCUUCAGAGACAGCGAGCAGUCCUAAAUAAAAUGUGCACUGAACAUUUUAA